CACAGCCCAGCCAGCCUCCGCGCGAAGUGGCUGGUGGCUGCUGCUGCGCCUUGUUGUUUUCUCGCCUUCUUAAGAAGCCCCUUUUUCCCUUCUCUCUCAUCUACUCCACUACUCUUAUCUACUUCUACUACUCUUCUCUACUCAAUCAGCUCUCUCUCUCAACCUACUCUCUCUCUCGACCUACUCUACUCCUCAAUCAACACAAUGGCCGCCGGAAGAAACUGCUUCAUCAUCUCCUUCCCCUACCUCUUCUCCAUCGCCGCCUUCGUCCUCACCAUCUUCGUCAUCGUUGGCAACCUCACCUCCACCGGCCUCCUCUCGAAGCUCUACUUCAUGGACCUAGACUUCUCUGACCUCUCCGUCACCGUCGACGACACCACCGUCUCCGCAUCAGACCUCGGCCUCCCCGACUCCUACAAAGUCGGCCUCUGGAACUACUGCACCACCACCGACUCGAACACCACCUGCUCCAAAACCAAGGGCCUCUUCUACUUCAACCCCAUCUCCAUCAUCGAGGAAGCCGCCGGCGCUGACAUCACCGUCCCCUCCGCCGUCUCCACCGCGCUCAAGAGCGUCAAGGCCCUCUCCUACGCCAUGUCCAUCCUCUUCUGCCUCGCCGCCGUCUUCGCCAUCAUGGAGUUCAUCUCCGGCUUCUUUGCCUUCCACUCCCGCGGCGGCUCCUUCUGCUCCCUCAUCAUCUCCGUCAUGUCCUUCGUCUGCUCCCUCGCCUCUAUCGGCAUCGCUACCGGCAUGUUCGCCGCCGAGUCAAAGGCCUUCUCCUCCUCAGACCUCAACAUCUCCUCCUCCCUCAACCACACCACCCUCGGCCUCGGCUGGGGUGCCGCCGUCGCCGCCCUCCUCGCCUCCGUCUUCUGGUUCUUCUCCAUCUGCGUCGGCUCAACCAGACGCACCCACGCUGAGAAGGAUAUCAUCUACUCCCCGGUCGAGAACCCCAGCACCGUCAGGUAUUAGCUCAACUCUUAGCCGCAUAGAUUUUUUCAGCCUCUUUGUUUCUUCUUGUAUCAUAGCUUUCGCGUUAAGCGGUGUUUGGGGUUUCUCUUUCUUUCUUUCUUCUACGUCUACAUCUUCAUCUACGUUAUCUACUUUUAUUUAUACUACAUGUGCAUGUUGGUCUCUGUCUUAUGGUCGCAAUUAUUUGAAUAGCAACAAUAACAAAAUAGUAACAUCAACA